AUGGGAACGAAGAGGAAGAGAUCCCAGGGACGCGGAGACGGCGACAGCGACAGACAUGACGAGGCUGCAGGCCUUGAUGCAUCGUCUCAGUCUCAGUCUCAGUCGCAGCAUACAAAGAUCACGCAGGAUGUGCUCGCUUUCUACUAUCCGCGUCUGCUGAGUCUGAGGACGUAUCUGCUGGAGCUGCUGCCCGCCGGCUCGACCUCCAGGCGGCGCAGGAUAGAGCUCGUCGGGAGGGAGCAGAGGCAGAGGCAGACGAAGAAGCAGAAGCAGAAGAUAGAUGCGGAUUCAGGGGGUGGUGGUGAUGGUGAUGGUGAUAGUAAACAGAGACUCGCGGGCCUGCUGGACUCGACCAUCGUAGGCAUCUCAAAGCCGGCGAGUCCAGCAGUCAACAGCUCUAGACAGAGACAGUUCGCAGCCUUCACUCAGUCGCAGGUCAUGUUGUCGGCCCCCAGAGGGACAGACGUGGGUGCUUCCAGUGACAUCGCGGAUGUGGUCAACUUUGCGGUAUCCAGCUUGUUCUACCAUGCUGGACCGUCAGGGACGCCCUCGCAUGUCCUCUGCCAUGGCUACCACCGCGUCAGAGAGCCCAGGGCUGCCCACGAGGAGUACGACGUUGCGUCUGGCAUACCCGGUGUAGUACCCAGGCUGCCAAACAGGAGCAUCUCCAUGCUCAAGAAGACUCCCUGGACGGAUGCCAUGGACCUGCUGGGAGAGCACGGCGAGGAGAUCAUGCUUCACCUGCUGCUGGACUGUGGGCUGUUCAUUCAUCUCCAUGGCCAGUCCUACUACCAGCUCAGUGGAACACCACUGGCAAAGAUGGAUACGCUGGAUGCCCUGGAGAAGAAAGAUAUAGCUAGAACACCGGCUGAAGUCGUCUUCGUGCGUCGACGGAUGUUCUAUGCUCGUCCGGCGCUGAAUGCAAAGGGGGAAGCCAGGAUGGGGCUCCAGCAUAUCCAUGUACUGAAUAGGUAUCCAGAUACCAGCACUAGCAGUACAGUGCAUGUAAUGAAGUACAUCUUUCCUCGCCAGUUUGGUCUUCACAACGUGUUUACCUCGACCGUCAGCAGGGCAGAGACUACCAUGCCGUUCAAGGACUACACGCUAAGAGAGCAGGAGAUUGCCCUGAAGCCUGGUGACAAGAUUCCCCGGCGGCUGCGAGGCAGACUGGUCGAGCUAGUCCGGAAGAUGCAGAAAAGACAUGCUCAAUGUGCCUAUGUAGAGAUGCUCCGGCACUACUGUCCGAAGAAAACGGUAAACGGGGACAAGGUGACAAUGACAGACUACGCGACUCCGACACAUGCGGUCUCAGCCUUCUGUCGUGCAGUCCUGCAGAAGGUGAUACCAUAUGAGCUAUACGGAUGCGGCGAAGACGGCCUCCACAACAGAGCCGUUGUCAUGCGCAACGUCGACCAGUUCCUGUCUCUGCGCCGGUUCGAAACCAUGUCUCUCCACGAGGUCAUUCAGGGGCUCAGGAUCGGAUGUGUCGCCUGGCUGUCUCCUCCGUGCACACAGGGGGGUUGCACGGAUAAUAAGGGGCAGCAGCACAACCACCACCAUCACCACAAACAUAAACUAGCCCUGUCAGAUUCGCGAAAGAGGACAGAGAUAUUUCUCGAGCUCAUAUAUUACCUGUUUGACUCCCUGCUCAUCCCGCUGGUCAGAUCGAACUUCUACCUGACCGAGUCGAGCACGUAUAAGAACAGGCUGUUCUACUUCCGGCAUGAUGUAUGGAAACGCCUGUCCGAGCCCGUCAUGGCGGGCCUCAGGGCCUCGCUGUUCCAGGACAUCAAGCACAGUAAAGCCGAACGGCUGCUGAACGGCGAGUCGCUGGGUUACAGCAGUAUCAGACUGCUACCAAAGACCACAGGAGCCAGACCCAUAGCCAAUCUCAGGAGACGGCCGGUGCUGCUCCAGGGACGGUCAAGACACGCCCUCCUCGGAGCAAGCAUAAACACACAGUUAGCUCCGUUAUACCAGGUGCUCUGCUACGAGCGAGACCAGUGUCCAGAGUCUGUAGGAUCCAGUCUUCCCUCAACCGCGGCAAUGUAUCCCCGGCUGAAAAAGUUCAAGGAGCAGUUGCAAAUUAAAGCGAGCUCGACAACACGAGCUAACGGGCCGCCGCUGUAUUUUGUGAAAUUAGAUGUGCAGGCCUGCUUUGACACAAUCCCACAAACAAGGCUGAUGCAGCUGGUCGAUACGCUGGUGGUGGACGACUCGUACCGUCUCUCCAGGCACGCGGAGUUUCACCCUAGCCGAACAAGCGGGCCGCGGCGGGAAGAGGUGAAACAGCGACCCCAGGAGUCGAGCAGCACGAGGAGCAAACACAAACCGACGAGGAAGUUCGUGGCGCGGGCAACAGCCACUGAUGAUUUCCAGCCCGUAUUCGACGCUGUCUCGACCUCGACAACAACGCCUGGCCAGUGCAGCAACAGCACCAGCACCAGCAUUAGUCGUGGCGGUGCAGCAGCAGUGUACGUCGACCUGGGCGUGCAUCGGACCCAUACGAGGGACGAGCUGCUGGCCCUGCUAGAGAAGCAUGUCCGCAACAACCUGGUCCGCAUCGGGAAGAAGUACUACCGCCAGAAAAGGGGCAUUCCGCAGGGUUCCGUGGUGUCCAGCCUGCUGUGUAGCUUCUUCUACGGCCAGCACGAGCUGGAGCGGCUGUCCUUCCUGCGCGAGUCCGAGGCCGAUGUCUUGCUGCUGCGCUAUGUCGACGACUACCUGCUUAUCAGCACUGACAGGAGGCUUGCGGAGCGGUUCCUGCAAGUGAUGCUGGCCGGGGAUGAGGAGUUUGGCAUAUCCGUUGCCCCGGAGAAGACGCUGGUCAAUUUCGAUAUCGAUUUCAAAGCCGACGGUGUCACGGGCAGGCAUGUCCCCCGUCUCGAAGGCAGCCAGUUCCCGUACUGCGGCGCCCUGAUCGACGUCCGAUCUCUGGCGCUCACCAGAGAUCGAUCUGCAGCCAUCGACAGCGGCCAGAAGACGUCGAAGAAGAAGCAGGAAAAGCAGAAGAGCGCCGUGAGAACGCACGACUCGCUGACGGUCGAUGUGACUCGCUCGCCAGGCCAGACGUUCACCCGCAAGGCCCUCGCUGCCUUUCGAUUGCAGGCUCAGGCCAUGUUUCUAGAUACGAAACACUCCUCCGCUGCCGUUGUGCUUGCCAGCCUUUUCCGCUGCUUUUCCGAAUGCGCCCUCAAGACCUGUGCCUACUACCAGACCAUGCAGCGGUACUCUUCUUCUUCUUCUUCUUCGGUGUUCUACUCUGCUGGCUUGCUUAUCUCGACCAUCAGCUCUGUGCUGGAGUACGGGACCUGUCGAACCCGGUCUGCACCCGGAGCUUCAGGGGUCCCUACCGGCUUCGAGUGCAACGUCACGCCGCGCCAGGUGCGCUGGCUAGGAGCCACGGCCUUCCGACGUGUCCUCGCCCGCCGCCAGACUCGCUUUGCUCCCGUCCUGCGCUGGCUCGAUGUUGUGCUCAGGGACUGCAGGCCGUCCUCCAACCGCGAGCUCUUCAGGCUCCGUCGGGCAGUCAUUUAG